CUUCAAACUUGAUUCUUAUCCCUCCACUCACUUUAAUCCAACCCUAAAAUCUCUCUCUCUCUCUCUCUCUAAAAUAAAUCGACUUCUAAUAAAUGAUCAAACUAUGAAAAUCAAUUUUUAAUUAAAAAAAAAAGGAAAGAAAAAGGAAAAAGCCCACCACCAUGACCAACCACCAGUGCUUCCAAGAACCAGAAGAUUAUUAUCAAUAAAGCAUCAAAAUCUUCCAUAGCACCACCUCCAAGACUCCUUCACCUGCCUUUUUUCUUACAUUUUUCUUAUUUCGUACAAUUAUUAGCGAAUAAAACUUUUUUCUUUUGUUGGUGUCAUUUUUCAAACCCUAGACUUGUUCUGUUAUUUCUGGAAAAUCUUUAGAUUAGCCAACAAUACAGGGGAUUUCCCAUCUGGGUAUUCUUCAAAUCUUCAAGAUUUUAGAGUGUAAUGUUACAGAUGAAGCACAUUGAUAACACCCCUUCAAUCCCAGGUAAGUUUAAGAUGGAGAAAUCCCCAUACAAUAGGCUGAGGUUGCAUUCAUCUCUAGCCAAGCUCACCUUCUGGUCUAUUGUUUUCCUUGGCUUGAUCUUUGUGUUCUUUUAUAGAUCACCAUCUUCUUCCUCUCCUGUCACGUCAGAUCUCAAUAGGAGGUCCCUCAGAACCAACUUUUACGGUGGUCCUGCCUGGGAGAAAAGGGUCAGGACCUCAGCUAAAAUCAGGUCAAGAAAUGGGAUUUUGGUUUUGGUUACAGGGGCUGCUGGUUUUGUAGGCACCCAUGUUUCUGCCGCCCUCAAGCGCCGUGGGGAUGGCGUUCUUGGGCUUGAUAAUUUCAACGACUAUUAUGAUCCGUCCCUUAAGAGGGCUCGGCAGGCGCUCUUGGAGCGCACUGGGGUGUACAUUGUGGAGGGUGAUAUCAAUGAUGUUGCCCUCUUGAAGAAACUUUUCGAUAUUGUCCCAUUUACCCAUGUCAUGCAUUUGGCUGCACAGGCUGGGGUGCGCUAUGCCAUGGAAAAUCCUAGCUCCUAUGUCCAUAGCAACAUUGCUGGCCUGGUUAGUUUGCUUGAGGUUUGCAAGAGCGCAAAUCCUCAGCCUGCUAUUGUGUGGGCUUCAAGCAGUUCUGUUUAUGGAUUGAAUACAAAAGUGCCCUUUUCAGAGAAGGAUCGGACUGAUCAGCCUGCUAGUUUGUAUGCUGCAACUAAGAAGGCUGGUGAGGAGAUUGCACAUACUUAUAACCAUAUAUAUGGACUUUCGCUUACCGGAUUGAGGUUCUUCACGGUUUAUGGACCUUGGGGUAGGCCAGACAUGGCAUAUUUCUUUUUUAGUAGAGAUAUUUUGAAGGGGAAGUCAAUUCAGAUCUUUGAGGCUGCUAAUCAUGGUACAGUUGCGAGGGAUUUCACUUACAUUGAUGAUAUUGUGAAGGGUUGUUUGGGGGCACUGGACACCGCUGAAAAGAGUACCGGUAGUGGUGGCAAGAAGAAGGGGCCAGCACAAUUACGUGUGUACAAUUUGGGAAACACAUCUCCUGUACCUGUUUCAGAUCUUGUGAGCAUUUUGGAGAGGCUACUCAAGGUGAAGGCCAAGAGGAUGAUUAUGAAGUUGCCAAGGAAUGGGGAUGUGCAAUUCACACACGCCAACAUAAGCUUGGCUCAGAGGGAGCUUGGAUAUAAGCCGACGACUGAUCUCAAGACAGGAUUGAAGAAAUUCGUUCAAUGGUAUCUCAGUUACUAUGGUAAUGGGAAGAAGAGUGCACAGUAAUACAAUAUUUUUUCAGUUGUGGUAGAAUCAUUUCAUUCUUGUUUAUUUUGAUUCUUAUGAUUGGUUUUAAUCUAUCCGUCACCUCCAUUAUCUUGUUUCCAUAUAUUUCAAUGAUUUCAUAUACGGAGGAAAUUACGAAGCCCAUGAAGAAGAAGCUUUUAUGGUUGUGGGCAUUUCUUGCUUGGACAUUCUGGUCUGUAUCAAAAGACACGACAAACUUUGGUGGUUCAUGGGAAUUGUUGUAGUUUUACCACUGUAGAAAUUGUCUGAUAAAGCAAUAUGCUGAUUGUUGGACUUGUAUCAUCUUUAUGAUAUCCAAAUAAAUAAGUAAUCGAUAAUUUGUCUAUAACAUACUUUAUGUGAAACAUUAAAUGACUCGUGACUCAAAUUUUUACUUAAUUACUGCUUUGGCAAAAGCUGAUGUAUUGGACUAUCUACUUUUAUAGGCUUAUUCAUCAUGAAAUAUUAUUAGUUUGCUUCUUUACA